UUUGUUUUAGUUGAAUUCUAUAAUCAAAAAAUGAAGUACUUUUUAAAAUUUGCAUUAGUUUGCUGCUUUGUUUCGAAUACAUGGACAGCACCGACAAACCCGGACGUUGAAGACCCAAUAAAUCCUUUAUUGAUAACUAGUGCUGCCGUCGUUGCCGGAAAGUUAUGUGGUCCCUCAAAUGCAUUGAUAUCGCUUGGAAUCGGCAGAGCUACCGCAGCAGGUGUGAAAAAAUAUCAAGAGACAAACGAUGCAUUUAUGGCUGCAAAUGUGGCUGCUCAACAUGGAAUAAAAGGUGCUGCUGAUUUUAUAAUAGCUUGUGCAAAUGUGGCUAUAAUGGGAACAUCAAUUGCAAAUGAUAUUCGAGAAUCCAAAGAUCCAAAAGAUGUAAUUAUUCAUCGAACGCAACCCACAAUUGAUUUCUUGAAAAACGAGAUUUUGACAAAACCAAAAGGACAAGUUGCAAAUCAACUGCUUACCGGUGCCAAUGUCGCAAUGACAUGGACAGUUGGACCUAUACCGGCAUGGAUAGCAUCAACAAUCGCUAGAGCUGCAUUAGAAGGUCAACAAAAAUUUGUUGAUACUGGUGACUUAGAAGAAAGUUUGAAAACGGCUGCUCGAACUGCAUACGACAGUGCCACUGAAUUGUUUCAAGCGGUGUGUACGAUCGUAGCAAGUUCCGUCGAUUUGGCAGAAGAUAUUUCGUAUCAAAGAAAAGAUAUGAAAACAGCAGUGAUAGAGCGAUGCGGUCAAGCUUUCAAGAGUCUUCUUACCAAAAAGAGAAAUACAGGUGACGCGAGCAAUUUGAUUAGUCCGAGCACAUCACGUGCGAGUUUAAAACGCAUACUGAGUAGGAAGGAUGAACCGAGUACGAGUAGACGAAAGACAAAAUAAAGUGCUUGGAAAUAGCUUUGUGCGAAUUUUUGUGUUUAAUGCAAAAAAUCGAUUACAAAAUUGUUAUUUAUUGGUUUGAAUGUUUAUUAAAGUCAAAUUAAUACAACAA